AUGGACGCCGCCUCGCCGGCCGCCGCCGCCAUGGACGGGCGCGGGACGAGAGCCGCGGGGACGGAGCCCGGGGAGCCCGGGGAGCCCGGGGACGGCGCCGGCGACAGGGCGGCCAGCGCGGCCCUCGGGGGGCCCGGGGACCAGGGCCAGGGGAAUGGCGAUAAAGGCUUUGAGAAUGUAGAACUGGGCGUCCUAGGAAAUAAGAAGAAGGUCCCAAGGAGGGUCAUUCACUUUGCCAGUGGAGAAACAAUGGAAGAAUAUAGCACAGAUGAAGACGAAGUCGAUGGGAAGGAGAAAAAAGACCUCUUACCUGCUGUUGAUCCGGCGAAGCUUACCUGGGGUCCGUUUUUGUGGUUUUACAUGCUGCGUGCGGCCACGUCGACCCUCUCAGUGUGCGACUUCCUCGGAGAGAAGAUUGCGUCCGUUUUGGGCAUCAGCACCCCCAAAUACCAAUACGCCAUUGACGAGUAUUACCGCAUGAAGAAGGAGGAAGAGGAGGAGGAAGAAGAGAACAGAAUGUCGGAAGAAGCAGAGAGACAGUAUCAAGAGCAGCAGGACAAGUCACAGGCCGAGACGGUUCACAAAGAGCAGCCAGAGGCAAUGUCACCCAGUUCGUUUGUGAACUUCAAUUUUGAAAUGGAGGGCGAUGGUAACUUAGCCGCCACAGACAAAAGAGAACCCGCGCAGCCCGAUUUAGCGUGAAGCGACGCCCCCGCCCCACGAUGGUUUAUAAACUAGGGAUAUUUUUACUCUGCUCCUUGGAUGGAUUUAGUAGAUUAUGUGUAGAACUGUUUUUGCCAGGGGUAAGAGCUUCAAACCUCUGUCUCUGCUUGGAGAUCAAGACCUGAAAUUGGAGUCUGUGCUAUCUUUGGAUUCCUGUCAAAGUAGGUUUGGAUUGAGCCCAAGUGCAUCUUACAGUACACACUAGACUAGAGUUUUAAUCCCACUCCAUGGAAAAGCAGUAAAAAUGUCUCUAGUCUUGUCAGUGUCUUGUGGCCGUGUUGACCCCUGUGGGUUUCAAAACCUCUGAAAUGCUAUUUUGUUUUUAUACGGUGCCACUUCUGGGCAAGUAGCCACCAGGGGCUACAGACAACCGUUUCUUUAGUCUCACGUGGCAAACGAGGAAUUUUUGUCCAUAAUCGGUGUCACUUAUUAUCUCAUCCCUUGUAUUUAUAUUUAAUCUGCCGCUUCAUACUAAGGGGGCCUGCCUUGGUCCUUGUCCCAUUUCAUCUGUUGUGUAGGAAAGCAGUGCUUGAAGGGAGAGUUGACUUGUUCGGCGGAGAACACUGUUCUCUCUUGAUUAAAAGAGGCUGCAGUAGACAGGACCUCUCCUUCACUGGAGUGGCGAUUAUUACUGCAUUUAAAUGGCAAGGGGAGGUACCGUUUUGACUCAUUUCUUCUUACAAAAGUAGGUCCUGUUAUAUUAAUACUUUUAAUCUCAACAAUGGUAUCACCUGCUAAGUGCUAACACCGACCCGACAUGCAAAAUGUGCUGAAGUUAUUUAAGGAGCGAAGCUGAAAGCCUAUUCCGUAAUGAUACCUUAACUUUGACCUUCUAAUAGGUAAGGGGUAAUUUUGACGCCACUGGGUCAUGCCGCUGUAGAGUCACGGGCAAAGCCAUAUGCCAGUCUUAGACUGCCCCCACUAAAGAACUGAAUUAAAAAACAAGGGUUUUGGGAUGGGAGCCCAUUGUGCAAAUCACGGGCAUUUUUGGGAAAACCCGGUGUCCCUGAAUCAUUGGGAAACCAUCCCUGGAUAAGGAACAUCCUUGAUCCUUGGCCCUUCAGCCCCAUCUCGGCCCAGUUGGACAAUUGCAAUUUGUUUCCUGCUCGAGGAAAUGCCUAGUGUCCCCUUGCAGCUUAGCCCAACGAUACGAGAGCAAGCACCCUUUAUUUCCUGCUCAGAGGGAUUACAACUUGCAGGUCGCAAAGACGACUUCCCUUUUCACUUGAUACCCAUUUAAAAGAGGCUUGCCCUGCGAUCUGCAAUGUCCAUUGUUAACUGAUUUUAACAGCAUACCAAACCUGCUAAACUGCAGGAGUUUGGGACUGGCUCAGCUCUUGCCAACUGAACGGGCCAGUGCCUUCUUUCUAAUACUUGGUGGAAAAUGGGAGGAUUAAAAAGGGACACUUGUGCUGUAGAUAGGGCAACAGGGGGAAGGUCUCAAGUGUGAGAUGUGACAGUUUUUCCUCGUUGCCUCUGGAAAGCAGAGCAGGUGAAUUAACCCUUGUAUUAUCAGAAUUUUAAGGCUCUCGUCAGCUUCAACACGCUCUUUUCCCGCACUUGCUUAACCAUGACCAGUCGUAUCAGGAGAACAUUCUUGGUUUACAAAUCUGAAUACUCGCCGUGCCUUAAUCACACUUAAAUCUUUUUGUUUCCGCGACCUGUAGAAGACCGAUUAAUUUCCUGUAAAUGCAUUAAACGGUUUGUUUUCUACUUAA